AUGCAUGUAUAUGCCUCUCUUGACGGUGGAGCUUCGUGUAUGUAUAUAUAUUUUAUUUUUUGUGUAUUUGUGUUCGCGUCUGGAGAAGGUGAGUUGAAAGAUUGGAGAGUAUAUCUGGGAGGAAGAAGCAUGCAGAGGCCUCUCUCGGACGAAGAGCGUGCGGCGAAGGAGGCCCGCCUGGCGGAGCUUCGUCGCCGAGUGAAUACGCGGGACGGUGACUCGUUCUCGUCGGCGGCGGUUCCCGAUCAACCCCACAACACUUACGCCUCCGAGGACGCACAGGAUAGCGAUGAUUACGAUGACGAUGAUGAAUUCUUCCAGGAGGCAGAGCGGGCUCAGAAAGGCACGGCAGGCGUCUGCAUGUACGCGAAGCCAAUGGGUGAGUUGAUGGGAGAGACGGUGGAGACGGGGCCGAACGCCAGGCGGUGCACCGUUGGCGACUUUGAACUGCUUCGCCUGGCGAAGAUGGGGGAUCUCCUUUCCUUCAAGGAGUUCUCGGCUAUCGUCGGUAUCGACCCCACUGCCUUUCAAGACAAUCACGGACGCAAUGCACUUCAUUACGCGGCAGACAGUGGGGGUAUUUUAAUGCUUCAGUACCUAAUCGAGAAGAAGGUGCCAUUUACAAGGGAUGAGAAGAAAAUGACACCUGUUGACAUCGCCGUGCUGAAUCAACACAAUGACGCCGCAAGGCUGUUGACCGAAAAUUUUUCCGAAGCGGCCGAGGCGUUGAAAAACUAUGAAGAGGCCCUUGAGAUUUUCACGCAGCCGCCGCCGAAAUUCACGAUGUCGAAGCCCGCCCCACCUGUCCCGAAGGAGUCUCGUCCCCGCGUCUUUUGGAAAGAUGGGGAAGCUGGCGCCCCUGACACCACGACAACGAAUGGUGCGGACGCAGCUUCUUUUACGGUCUCGCGGCUUACGGAUGCACAUCACGAUCAGGUUGUGAGCGCCCUGGGCGGUGUGGCCUUGACGUACGAGAGCCACGGGUUUCACAAUUGGCUCCCACCCGCAGAGACCAAAACGCUGACUGCGACACUUCCCCACGCGACGGUGGUGGGUGCAAUGCAAACCGUUGACGGCCAGGAGACCCUCCGCGGUGUGGUGCUAGCAGUGCCACUGGGUGGUUCCCUCGUGGGAAGGAACGGCGCUCUCCAGGUCAAGGAUCCUGUGCUUGUAACGCAGUUAGCCGUCCACCCUGCGGCUCGGGGGAGUAACGUCGCCGCAUUAUUGAUGGCGGAGUUGCAUAAUUUACUUAAAGCCUCUGAAAGUGCUGCUGUCGUUUUCCGCAGCGCACUCCAAUUGCCCGUACCCGCCGUUGGUCUCGUGAAGUGGUCGCAGCGUUCAAUUGCGCCUUGUAGCGUCAUGCGGCAGCGUCACGCCACGGAAAUUUUUCCUGACUUUUAUCUGUACGAUGAAAUUCUUCGAGCCGACAUCAUCGCCAAACAUGCCCUGACAAAAGCUUUUGGCGAUAAGAAGGCAUCACACUCUGUAGGCUGGUGUGCCGUGGAUCGUAGCAACUCCGAUCAGAUGGAAAUGUUGCAUGGUUUUAUUGUUGAACAGGUGCCAAAGCUGUUUGACCUUACCUACAUUCCUGAAACAAGCGAGGACACCCUGCGAGCAGUCAUUGCGGAGGGGCUUUUCCCCUUUGUGUACGUGUCCCCGGCAACCGGUGCAAUCACAGAUCUUGUUGUUCUGCGCCUGCGCAAUCCCGAGUGGCGGGUGGGUGAGGGCCAAGGUGCUGCAAUGUGUGUGUACGCCAUCUUCACCUCCUUCAAAGGGCCCGAGAAGGCGGAGGAGGUACUCGUACUGAGCGAGAUGUUGAAGUGCGAGACGGUAUUCAUUCCGAACAUGUUUGGUUUUCUCGACAGUGACCUGAGCAAGGCGAUGUUUGAGGAACUGCUCGUCUGCCGCGAGUACCUUUACGUUCUGAAGACACCGACAGAAAGUGCGCUGCCGCCAACGCCUCUUUCGAAGGUUGCCAUUCCCUGCGCCUUUAUUUAA